ACUUAAUUCCAAAAAAUUAAAUUACCUCAAAAGCAAUAAUACAAAUCUUAAAUGCUUUAUUGAAACUAAGGGUAAAGGGUAUGAGGGUAUUAAACUCAAAUCAACUAAAAUGCUGGCUUAAAGCAGUCAGAAAAUGUAUUAUCUAGACUUUUAACGGUUAAAGUGGGAUGAUAAAAUGAAGUCAGAGGCCUCUAUUUUAUAGUAGAGGUCGACCUCGCUUAUGAACGUAAGCAACAUGGGACAAUUUCCCGUGUCUUUAUUUUUGGUUAUUACAGUUUUCUUACAUCAGAUUCAUAGUCUUUCUCCACUCUUCUUUAUUGUGUAUCUAUCGCAACAGCUGCGAGUAUCAGCUACAAUGACCAAUGCACCAAUUAUUCUAACUUUGGACUGUGACAACUAUUCCAACGACCCACAAACACCUCUUCGAGUCUUAUGUUACUUCCUCGACCCAAAACUUGCAACCACCUGUGGCUACGUUCAGUUCCCUCAACGUUUUAAUGGAGUUAGCAAAAAUGACAUCUAUGCCGGCGAGUUAAAGCGCUUAUUCAUUAUCAAUUCAAUCGGAAUGGAUGGGGUAUUAGGCGCAAAUUACGUCGGCACCGGCUGCUUUUUUGUCCGAAGGAUUUUCUUUGGAGGCCCAUCUUCAUUCCAAUCACCUGAACUCUCCCAACUUAGCCCAAAUCAUGUUGUCGGAAAGCCCAUUAAAUCUCCAAAAAUCUUGGAAUUGGCCCAUCGAGUUGCGGGCUGCGAUUACGAGACCAACACCCAGUGGGGUUACAAGCUGGGGUUUAAAUACGGGUCUCUAGUCGAGGACUAUUUCUCGGGCUUUCGAUUCCAUUCCGAGGGGUGGAAUAGUGUAUUCUGUAACCCAAACAGGGCGGCUUUCUAUGGCGAUGUCCCCAUCAGCCUCCCCGACGUGCUGAAUCAAGUCAAGAGAUGGGCUGUUGGGCUUCUGGAAGUUGGUUUCUCAAAGUACAGCCCAAUUACAUUCGGUGUAAGGUCCAUGGGCCUUUUGAUGGGCCUGUCGUAUGCCCAUUAUGCAUUCUGGCCCUUAUGGUCCAUUCCGGUUACGGUUUAU